AUGAGACUCGACCCGCUGCCGAUAACAUGGAUUAUCCUGCUCGCGGUAAUGUUGAGCUCUGUCAGUGGAGACAAGGUUACCUUCGAGGACAAUGACAAGGAAGAUCAUUCAUUUAACCGCGCACAAUUUCCGGGUGAGCGGCAGAUUCAUCCGGAGUUUGAGGGAAAAUUUAAUGACACUCGUCAGGGUAGAAACUUGUUGGAUUGGAUUGGUUUAGGAACAGGUCAGAACAUUGAUCCAUACUUAGCCAAAACAAAUGAAGGGUGCUUAAACGGUGAUUUCUCUGAAUGUUUCAAAUCCAGAGCUUUGAAUACAUUUUCGGAUUUUUUUGACCAGCAACAAUAUAAUUUGAAUGAUAAUGUUAAAAUCAUACAAAUGUCGAGAGAUAUUGUUAAACGUGUGGCUAGUGAGCCCUAUGAAUAUUCUAGUACUUCACGGUCAGCUGAUUCGGAGUGGGAACAGUUAGUAAAAUUCGCAAUGAGAAAAGCUGAAAAAUUUUUGAAAACUACUGCUAUUGAAGUAUCCGUGCCAACUUGGCUAACCGGCGAAAAUGAAGUUUACGCUCCUAGAUUUUUUGAUGAAAUAGCUGAUGAGAUUGACGUAAUAGAGAACAAAAAGGACACUUUAUUUUCUCGGCAUCGUCUACGGAAGCUCUUCAUUCCUAUGUUGAUUAUUUUAAAGCUCUUUAAGUUAAAGCUUUUAUUAUUUUUACCACUUAUCCUUGGUUUGGCAUCAUUCAAAAAAUUGCUUGGCUUCUUGGCAAUCGUCAUUCCAGGUCUUAUCGGAUUUUUCAAAAUUUGUAAACCCAUAACGCAAACAUAUACUCCUCCGAUAUACUCUCAAAGUGGUAUAGGAUUCCCCGGUGGCCCAUACAAAGAAAACCAUGGAUUCGAAUCUCAUAAUCAUGGUCCCUUCCAGUCUCACCAUGAACACGAUGGUAAUGUAAAUUUUGGUCAAGAGUUAGCUUACCAAGGUUACCGACCUGAUUACCAGAAAUAG